ACCGAAUAAUUAUUAUUUGAUCAUGUAUAUUUUAAAAACAGUCAUAAAAAUUUCUUAUUAUUAAUAGCGAAAUCAAAAGGUUAAUUUAUUAGUGCACAAUGUGGCGCUGCUGUGUACAUUUUACAUUUUGACAUCUGUCAAAAUCUGACAACAAACUUCAAAAUGUUAGUGAAUUGGUUGUAAAUAAUAAUAAUUUAAUAAUGAAAUUUUACUGUUACGCCAAAUUAGGUAUAGGUUUAUCCGUAGCUUUAAUUGUUUUCUAUUUUUAUAUGCUGAGACAAGUCAAUGUUCCUCAAGAAUUACCAAAAAAACAUGAAAUCCGACAAACAUUUAAAAGAAGCGAUAUUGUUGUUGCCGUCGUCGCAUGUGGAGACCGACUUUAUGAAACUUUGAAUAUGCUGAAAUCUGCAUUGAUGUUCAGUAAAGAGAAGCUAAAUUUCAUUGUUGUUGCUGAGGAUGAUCUAAUAGAAAGUUUCAAUGAAAAGUUAGGAGAAUGGAGAUCAUUUACAAACAAUGCUUUCAAAUACAAAGUACUACCUCUCACAUUCCCUGAAAAGGAUGCUCAUGAAUGGAGAAAAUUAUUCAAACCAUGUGCAGCUCAAAGACUGUUCCUCCCUUCUUUGCUAAAAGAUGUGGAUUCCAUUCUUUACAUGGACACUGACACUUUGUUCCUAACACCUGUGGAACAAAUUUGGGGACACUUUAGCAAAAUGAAUGGCAGUCAAAUGGCUGCUCUUGCACCAGAACAUGAGGACCCUCAUGUUGGCUGGUACAACAGAUUUGCCAAGCAUCCAUACUAUGGGCCAUUAGGUGUGAAUUCUGGGGUGAUGUUGAUGAAUUUGACAAGAAUGAGAGCAUUCCAGUGGGAAACUUAUGUGGUGCCAAUUUAUAAAAAAUAUAAACUGAAAAUUACAUGGGGUGAUCAGGAUAUAAUUAAUAUAAUAUUCCACUAUCAUCCAGAUAAGUUAUACUUAUAUUCAUGCAGAUAUAACUUUAGGCCAGAUCAUUGUAUGUAUAUGAGUAUAUGUAAGGCCAGUGAAAAGAAAGGGGUGGCUGUUGUUCAUGGUUCCAGAGGUUUCUUCCAUUCAGAAAAACAACCUGUUUUCCAAGCUAUAUACAAAGCUUUUGAAGAGUUUCAAUUAGGUGGUGACCUGUAUAAAGAUUUUUACCAGUCACUGGAAACAAGUUUGGACUUGGCUGAAAACAGCAAUUGUGGUCAUGUAAAAGAUAUAUUUUUAAAGAAUGUAAGGCAGUACAUUGACUUAGAUGUUGAUAACAGAUAGUAGAAUAAGAUAAAAAUGUUAAAAGUCCUGCAUUAACAGUGUGUCUUGACUAAGUUAAAAGUUACAGUCUUUCAUAAGUGUUCAGGAAUUUUUUAUACCAAACUGUAAUACAUCGAAUUUUUCAUUGUUUAAUUAAAAUAUGUAGGACUUAAAGUGUUUGUUACCAUGUGAUUGUAUUUAAUAUUCACAAUUUAUCGAUAUCUAGGCAAGAUUAGUGGUCAAUUUAUAUUUAAAUCACUUUAGAACAAAUUGUCGAUAAAUUGGGAAUACUUUUGAUGUGACAUGAACAAGUAUUUUAACAGUAUUUUUAAGUAUUUAUGUGGAUUUGUGCUUGUGCAAUAUGUCUGAUUUAAUUGCCAACUUUCCAAGCUGUGAAAAUGAUCAAAAUCUUUAAAUAUAUUAUAUUGUAUAUUGAUUAGGUGGAUAAAUGCUUUUUGCUGCAGGAAAGGUCAAAUAAGCCUCUCACCUAAUUUUGAUAAAACUGACUAUACACAUGUUCAGUUCAGUUGCAAAAACUCUUUAUUGAGUUAGUAAACCUGAAUAUAUUGUGUAGUUUUUUUUUCUAUUGGAAAUAGGAAAAUAAUGUUGUAGCUAUAUUUUUAUAUCUUUAUUUAAAUAUAUCCUAUGUAUAUACAAA